AUGUAUUGGCCCAUAGGAACCCCGAGAAUCUUCGCAACGAGCAGCAGGUCUGGUCCUGCCUUCAACCUAGUCGUGUCUCACGAUGGCCUGCCCAAUCCCUUCGACAAUCGGCCGACAGGCGAGGCCUUAGAAUCGCCUCCCGGAAAUGCUCACCAGCAACAGUCGCCACACGAUGCUCUUGAGCUGGCGACGCCAAUGACACCGCUGACGCCCGCCAUUCAACCAGUUGACGAUCAAGAUCACGAUCUGGAAACAAGUCGUUCAUCACCCCGCCUCAACGUCAAUAUUCCCCUGAAAGAUCCCGUCCUCGCACUGCGCAUCUCCCGUCCUGGCCACCUCUUUGCAUCGAUAUCCUCUACUUCAAUGACAAUAUGGCAAGCCAAGCCCACUGUGAUUUUGGCAGUGGUAGUCCGCUCGGAAACUUCUUUAUCGACUUAUGGCGAGAACGUCGACCUUCUGAUGAGACCUGACUCGGCUAUUCUUGUGGUUCGGACGACCCUAGGCUAUCUUAUCACAUACUCACUCGCGAUGGACUCUGAAGCCCAAGUUUACAAACCGUAUUUCCCGAGUUACGCAAACAUCCAACGACGUCGUCAGAACCACCACGGCCAGCCCGGGAGUACAGCUCCAGACCAGUAUCUCUGGGGCCCUGGUGAGGGUCAAGGAGUGCGUGAUGUAAGCGUUCGUUUCAGGAUGGUCAUCAAAGUUGAUGCUGGCAUAGAGAGCGCUCUAGCACUGGAUGAUGAACUAGUUGUUGCCACGCGCAAACCAGGCGCCAUCCAGUGCAUCCGAUGGACCCCGGACCAGAGCGGAAGCCAGACUAAGACAGAAAUCAUCAGUCGAAUGGGGUGGCUGGAAAAGAAGAUAACCGUUGUCGAGAUGACCCACGAUCGGCCUAUGAACCUGUCAACCUGGACCACAAGUGACGGCAAGGUCUAUGCAGUCCAGCGACUUCAUCCUCGCGAAGACGCUGACCCAAAAAAGCUUUUCAAAGGCUACUGCUUCCACACGCCCGCUGAACCGGAGGAGUCCGCCAGAAAAGCAGUCAUCAACGCAAGAUUCUCAUUGAUUGCUGUAGGUUGCGCAGAUGGGUCCAUCCGUGUUUACUCGGCUCGAGAUUAUGCUGGCAAUAUUCCUCCUUCGCAUACACACACCAUUCCAGUGUCGACAACGGUUUCUGGUUCACUCACGACGCUCAGCUACUCACCUGACGGCUACUGUUUGUUUGCUGGAUAUGAAAACGGCUGGGCUACAUGGAGCGUCUACGGGAAGCCGGGCAGUAACAGUUUUGGCGCACAUGACACUAUCAUUGAGGCCAAUGGCGAGAACUGGAUUUCUGGCAUUGGAGACGCCGUCUGGCUCGGUAGCGGUUCGGAGAUCCUGAUUACACAUCGCAAGCACGAGGCAAUAUGGGUACUGGAAAUGGCGAGAAGCGCAGUCGUCGGCAACUACAACGCUGCAAAUCUCAUGCGCACCGUUUUGCAGACGAGUACCAACGUCAUGAUAUAUCGCGGAUAUGACUUGCCAGAUCUAGCCAGCAUCUCUGCGGAGCCGCAUCUGUGGCACACAACGAAAGUGCCCUUGGCCUAUCUACUUCAGCAGUGGCCCAUCCGCCACACUGUCAUUUCACCAGAUGGUCGAUACGUUGCUGUGGCUGGGCGCCGAGGUUUGGCUCACUAUAGUGUCAACAGUGGUCGAUGGAAAACAUUUGCCAACGAAGCCAUGGAAAAUGAAUUUCAGGUCAGGGGCAGCAUGUGCUGGUAUCAGCAUAUCCUCGUGGCUGCUGUUGAGGCUAAUAAGUCGCACGAAUUGCGCCUCUAUUCGAGAGAAACGGCGCUCGACAACUCUCAGGUGCUUCACACCGAACGGUUACCAGCUCCUGCAGUUUUAGUGACUACUUCAGGGGAGGACUCGUUACUUGUGUACACCUACGACAAUCUACUCUACCACUUCAUUUUCGCGCCCACCAACGGUUCGAUCAGAUUGGUGCAGCUAGGACAGAUCGCAUUUCAUGGCAUCGUGCGCUCGCCUGCAAGAGUCCGCGGUCUGAGCUGGAUUUUGCCAGAUAGCCAACUCGUUGACGGUGAUCCGUCACAAGAUGUCGCCGUGGCGUCUGUCCUGUUCCUAGUAGAUGCCAAGUUGGUAUUGCUACAGCCCUCAUUCAAUAGCGAGGGUAAUUUGAAGUACGACAUGAAAGUCAUCGCUCAAAACGUUGAAUUUCAUGUUAGCAUGCGGGACCAGCCCCAUUUUGAUGGGUUAGCUACACAUGCUGAGGAUUUGUCACCUGCGGAGGCAGACGUGACUCUACGCAACUCACUCUGGGUGUUCGAUGGCCAGGAUUUCAAGGUCUGGGCAGACAUACAAGAGGUGCUGCAAGCGGCUUCAAAUGAGGCACAGCGAGAACUGCCGAAGACAAUAUCGGUUCCUCUAGACUUUUACCCCCUUUCGACACUUCUUGGAAAGGGCAUUAUCCUUGGGAUUGAAGCUGAUCUAAUACAGCGAAGAGACAUCAGCUUCUCCUUCUUCCGCUUCGCCAUUCGAACACAUUUAUUCUUGCCUGACAUUCUGCGAUUUCUCCUGACCGAGGGCCGGAAAGGAGACGCAGUCAAGCUUUCAGACCGGUAUCAAAAUUUGGAAUACUUCGCACACGCGUUGGAGAUACUGCUUCACAAGGUGUUGGAUAAGGAGGUUGAUUCCGGACCAAGCCCUGAGGAGGCGAUCUUACCAAGGGUGCUUUCGCUUUUGUCGUCUUUUAAGCAGUACCUAGACAUUGUGGUGCAAUGUACAAGGAAAACGGAGGUGCGGCAAUGGCGCACACUUUUCGCAUACCUCCCGCCAGUACAAGAACUUUUCGAAGAGUCGCUUCAGCGAGGGUCGUUGAAGACGGCCGGAGGCUAUCUUAUCAUCUUGCAUACUCUAGAUGAGCUUGGAUCUGCGUCAGAACAAACAGUACGAUUGCUAUCAAGAGCAAUGAAGGAGGGUGACUGGGAGCUGUGCAAGGAACUUGCACGGUUCUUGGCAGCAAUGGAUGAAACUGGCGACACGCUCCGUGAAGCGAUGGAAGGCGUGAAUAUUUCCAUGCAGGGUAACAAGGAUCAAUCCGGGCUGAUGAGUCGUCUUGAUGUGCCUCACAGCAAAGCCGUAAAUGGCUUGGGGUUGAAGUAUGUAGAGCAGAGCGACGAGAUGGAGUUGGAGGGCCAGUCGGUCAGCUCUGCCGCCAGCUUUAGUUCAGACGGCCGCUAG